AUGAAGGCUAUAAUUAUCAUACUCUUGGUGGCCGCGGUGGCCGUCUUCGGCGCCGAGGAGAAAAAGGAGAAGAGAGGUCUGCUCGGCUUAGGCUACGGGGGUCUAGGAUACGGACACGGCCUGUACGGCGGUCACGGCUUGGGGCUCUAUGGGGGACACGGGCUAGGCCUCUACGGACACGGCAUAGCCGCCGCGCCUAUCGUCAGCCAUAGCGUGGCCAUUCCCGCGCCCAUCAUCAGCCAUAGCAUCGCGGCUCCGGUUCUAGACCAUGGCCUCUACGGGCAUGGACUACAUGCUCCCCUGCUGGGCCUCGGCCACGGCUGGCAUUAG